AAAAAAAACAAACAAAGAAGAAGAAGAAAGAUGGCUGCUGCUUGAGGCUUCAGAGAGAAUGGAUGCAUAACUUAAUUAUUGAAAGGCUCCGUAACCUUUCUAUAGAUUUUGUGUCCUACUGCACACGAUAUGGACAACAUAUAUCACCACGCUGUGUCAGAACCACCGCAGCCUUUUGUCUACAAUGGCGGCUAUCAGCCCCCGUACCCCGCUACCAGACCCCCGCCGAGCCCCGCGGCUCCGGAGCCGAACCACCCGGACCACCCUGCUCCCCGGUGGGCUCCUUCUCAAGGGUAUGCUGCCCACCAGAACGGGUUCUUUCCUUCAGGAGGAGCGGGUUUCGGAGGGCCUAGCUUCCCCCCUCCGUAUGGGUUUGACCCCUCCGUCCCCCCGCCGCCUUUCGGCUGUCCUCCGUCCGGACCCGGACCCUUCCCUACCGGGGCGCCCCCUGCUCCCAUCAUCACAUACAGUUCUACCCCCCAGCCGCCCGGACCCUUCCCUCAGACAGCCCGCUGCGACCUGGACACCACUCACAAACACCACUAUGAGAGUUUCUGUGAGAGUGGAGCUCUGCUGUUUCCUCCGCAGGGUCGGGACCACAACCAGGGUCCGGGAGCACCAGCACCACCUGAGGAUGAAGCAGCCGUCCAGAGGAGGCUGGACCAGCAGUGGCUCGGCCGGUUCUUACAAGGCAUGGACGCACCUUUAAAGAGCCACCAGAGGCAGAAACAGGGGCCCCUGAGCUCUGAUCCGGACCCGAGACAGGCUGCGGACCUGAGACAGGCUCCGGACCUGAGACAGGCUCUGACCCGGGCAGCCCAGCUCGUCUCCCAGCUGGCUCAGUCCUGUGAAACUCUGCGGGACAACGUGGAGAAUGAGAGUGUGUGGCUUGACUCUUAUUUAAUGGCUUCAGACGCGAAGAGAGAGCUGCAGGACAAACUCAAAGUCCUCAGUGAUCCUGAGUGUUUAGAUAGGUGGAAAGGUAAAACGAGCCGUGUUGCUGAGCGCCGGGCCCGGAGACACAGAGCCAGGAAGGAGCUCCUGGUGGAGGAGAGACAGAGAGAGGAGCGCAGCGCCAACAAAGAGGCUGCCAUAGAUAAAUGGAGGAUGCAGCAGAUACACCAAGUGGAGGAGAAGAAGAGGGAGCGGGAGCUGAAACUGGCUGCAGACUCUGUUCUCUGUGAGGUGAGGAAGAAGCAGGCAGAUGUGAAGAGGAUGCAGGAUGUCCUGAGAUCUUUGGAGAAACUGCGCAGACUCAGAAAAGAGGCAGCACUGAGGAAAGGCAUCGUCACUGAGCCUGAAUGUGACGAGGCGUUCAGCAGCAGACUGGAGCAGCUGAGGAAUGUGAUGAAGAAGAGGACGACAGUUUACUCAGCAGAGGAGAAAGCUCUGAUGGUGAUGCUGGAAGGAGAGCAGGAGGAGGAGAGGAGGAGAGAGCAGGAGAAACGAGUAAGGAAGGAGAGGGAGAGACACCUCCAGAGGAAAUACAGGGUGGACGCCAUGUUGUUUGGAGAUGAGCUUCCUACCAAUUCUGUCCUGCAGCCCUUCAGAGAAUAUUACACCCAGGCUGAGCACUCUCUGCACGCCUUACUACAAAUCAGGAGAGAGUGGGAUGCUUUUUUGGUUCCAGCAGAUCAUUCUGAUGGUUCUCCAGUUCCUCAAAGCUGGAUCCUGCCCGACGCCCCAUCAGACCAGGCCUGGGCCUCGGCUUUGCACAAUGCUGACACUGAGUGAGACAGCCUCUGACUCACUGUAUGUCCUGUCACCAAGUGCCUGAAUCCAGACCCCCUGCAGGAGUCUAUGGAAAGACUGUUAGUAUCAACCCAACUGACCAACACAUGUAAAUAACAUGUUAAUACUAUGAUGCCCACAUACAACCGUUUUUGUGUGAACCUAAAGAUCCAUUUGAAAUGCAGCUCAGCACUGUUUGUGAAGUUCUUUCAGUCUAUAAUCUGUAACAAACAUUGUGCUUUUGCACCUAUUCAUUUUUUAAGUUUAGAGUGUGCAAGGAUUUAGCACAUAAUUAUUAAAAUGUCUGAAGAAAAUUUGUCGGUCCCAUGAACCGGCUCAUAGCUCAAGGCAAAUCAAGGGAGACCACACGUUUAUUCAAUGAUAAGUAACAAAUAUUUAUUUAUCUAAUAAAAAUAAUACAUGGGAACUCAA